UUGAACAAUGGAGUUCUUUAAAAAAUAUUUACAUUUUUCUUCACAUCUUCAAAUUUCCAGUGCUGCUCUUUUACUCAUAUUGCUUACCAUUAUCUAUAAGCUGAUCAGCAUUGAGAGAAAUAAGAAGGGUCUCAAGAAGCAGUACUCAUCAUCAUCAUGUACAACAUCAGUUACCAAAACUCCGGUGCCACAAGCUUCGGGCGCAUGGCCUGUGAUAGGUCAUCUUCGUCUUAUCACGAACGCCAAAGAGUCAACACAUAUAACUCUUGCAAAAAUGGCUGAUAAGUACGGACCCAUUUUUAGCAUACGAUUCGGUAGUCAUAAGACCUUAAUAGUGAGUAGUUGGGAAAUGGUAAAAGAGUGUUUUACAGGAACCAAUGACAAGUUAUUGUCGAAUCGUCCUCCCCAUUCAGCGUUUGAGCAUAUGUUCUACCAAAAUGGAUAUGGAGUUGGUUUGGUACCAUAUGGAGAAUAUUGGAGAGAGUUACGGAAGAUAACUACACAUAACCUCCUCGCUAAUCAAACAUUUUUGAAGUACAAACACUUUGUAACUUCUGAAGUGGAUACUUCGUUUAGAAAGCUUUAUGAGUUAUGCAACAACAACAAAAAGCAUAACAGUGACAGAAAGGGUGCUACUACUCCUGCAAUAGCUCUAAUAAGAAUGGAUGAUUGGCUCACACACUUGACGCACGACGUGGUUGGUAGGAUAGUUGGCAUAGGCGGAUCUGAAUCAAAUGCUGCGACAGGUACCAUGAGCAGCCGCGAAAGAUUCAUACUUGCACACCAUGAAGCAUCCCAUUUUGUGACCACAUCUUCAAUUUCAGAUAUAGUUCCAUGGCUAGGGUGGAUUGACAGAUUAACUGGUCUUACGAGAAAAAUGAAAAAUUGUGGCAAGAAAUUAGACAUGACACUUGGGAGUAUAAUUGAAGAACGUCGGCAGAAGAGACAAUUUUGUAGGACUAAAGGAAAAGAAUACAAUUCAACCAACAUAGCUGUUGAGGAUAAGCAAGAAGACUUCAUUGACAUUUGCUUUUCACUUAUGGAGCAGUCACAACUUCCUGGGGAGAAUCCUGAAAUAUCCAUCAAAUCUUUUAUCCUGGAUAUAAUGUCGGCUGGGACGGACACAACCAAAUCGGUCUUGAUAUGGACCAUUUCUUUGUUGUUGAACCAUCCCCAUGUGUUAAGCAAAGCGAAACAAGAAGUAGAUGCACACUUUGGAAUGAAAAGGAGAUCAACUGAUGAUAUAGUUGUGGUGGACGUUGAUGAUGUUCAUAACCUGGUUUACAUCCACGCUAUAUUUAAAGAAUCCAUGCGGUUGUAUCCAGUGAGUCCAGUCAUGGAGCGAAUGACUAGUGAUGAUUGUGUUGUUGGUGGCUUCUGUGUUCCUGCUGGGACACGAGUAUGGGUUAACGUAUGGAAAAUGCAACGUGAUCCAACAGUGUGGGAAGAUCCAACGGUGUUUCAACCUGAGAGAUUCUUGAGCGACAACAAAAGAAAUAUUGAUAUUGCAAAGGGUCAUAAUUAUGAACUCAUACCAUUUGGAACCGGUAGGCGAAAAUGCCCUGGUUCAUCUUUCGCAUUGGAACUGAUGCAUUUGGUACUUACACGCCUUAUUCUUGAGUUCGAAAUGAAGGCACCAGGAGGGAAAGUGGACAUGACAGAAACAUCAAGCGUCAUUCUUAGUGCCAAGGUAGCGCCAGUGGACGUUCUAAUCAGUCCAAGAACACCCUAGUAACUAAUCAUCUUGUCUUGUUAACCGAGCAUGCUAAAAUAAAUAGGACUCGACUCAAGUGAUUAGAAGAGUGAAUUUACUAUUUGAUUUGAUUUCCUUUCUUUUGUAAGUUACUAAGCACGGGCAUGUAUUAGUAUUCCAGUUUCAAAUAUCUAUUUCAAAUUAUAA